CAAAGCAGAUCUCGGAGCUGAUGCCCUCGGAGGCGGCAUCAGCGAGCCUCGGAGGCUUCGAGCAGCUCGUCGACGAGCCCGAGGUUGGCGAGCCGCCCGCUGCGGCGGACAACGCCCUCGCAGAGGAGUCAGACUCUGACUUUGAGCAGAGGGGCGGCUUUUUCUGCCGCACAUUCGUUGACGCUGAAACCGAGCGGCGCUUCGACGCCCACCAAUUCCGGCAGGCCCUUGUCCUGCAGCUACUGCAGGGCGCCAUCAUUCAGUUUGGUCCGACUGUUUGCUUUGCAGGCCUCCAUUUCUUUCGGCCGUCCGCACACCAUGCUGCGACAUUUGAGGCGGAAUGGCGCGAGCGUGGCGGCUGGGGAGCUCUCGCACUCGACUCGUCGUUUUUCGGCAUCCGCCUCGCGGUGCACGCUAUGCGUGACCACCAACUCGCGCAGCGAAUCUGUUCGUCGAUUUGGUGCAUCUGCUUUCCUUUGCGAGUCCUUUACGCCACCUUCAUCGAGAGGGCUUCCUCAACUGCGCAGCACACCGGAGGAUCGACGCUCGUGAGUGAGGAGUCCGGAGUCAUCGAGGUGUGGCUGGUGGUCUUUGCACAGUACUUCUGCAUCGGCAUCGUGCACGGCUCGCUCGGCACCCCGCCCCUUUACCGGUGGCCGGUCGCACUUCUCCUUGCCCUGCUCCUCUGGUAUGACACGGGGUUUGAAGCCUCGUGGGGCCAGGCGCAGGAGACGCGCGCUUGGCUAGCGGCCGCGAUGGUCGCCGCCUGCAUUCUGAUGCAGGCUCUCGAGAUCAAGCAACGCGACGACUUUGGGCUCGAGGCUGCGAUGCGCCGUCGCAUCGAGCAACUAAGCUGUGAGAAGGAGCGCAUGGCGUGGGACUACCUACGGCUUCGGCAACUGGCGCCGUCGGCGAAUGGGGGAGCUACCGCACCAAGGGCCCUCUGGCCAUCCGCACCAUCCGGCGCGAGCAGCAGCAACUACACGAACAAGAUCGGCGGCGAUUGCGCCAGCUCGACCGGAACCCCCUGAGUACGAGCGUCGGGUUAGUGCCAGUGAUGGCCCUAGGGAAGAUAGAGGAGUGCGCUGUACCCUGAGGGCGCCGUACGUACAUUGUAGAUCCUGUUAGAGAUCCUGUGGCAUGGCCAUGACGCAUGAGACUGUCCCGCUCGCCAUAUGACUAGUUGCAAAUACGGGUGCUGUGAACAUGACCACUUUUGAUUUUU